AUUUGGGCCCGCCCAGAAUGACUUCCUUUUGAUAUAUAAGACUGAAGGGUCGAUACUCGUUUAUAACACCUCGGGUUCGGAUGAGCAGUUUCAUUGCUGUUGUGAUUACAUAGUUCUUGUCCCCGCCCCUGUGCGGCUCCUUAUAAAUAAGCAGGGUGUCCGCAUUGCUUAUUUCACCUCUUGCUAGCGGCUGUUAGCUAUAAUCUGCUAUGGAGAACAAAAUGAACCAGCCUAGCGCAGAUAGCGGGCUCCACGUUUUCCAGGGACCACACCACGUCGUCAAUGUGCCCAGCACCACGGUGGGAGUCAGUACUCUGCCUGUCAAAGACCACGUACUCUGGUCUCUUUUCAACUUCGUUUACUGUAAUUUCUGUUGCCUUGGGUUCUUGGCUUUGAUUUUUUCAGUGAAGUCUAGAGAUCGUAAAGUUGUGGGAGAUAAUUAUGGGGCUGAACAUUACAGCUCAACAUCUAAAACCCUGAAUAUAGCUGCAACAUUUCUAUCUAUCCUUGUGUUUGUGAUCCUGUUUGGGCUGUUGGUUGCUGGGGUGAUCCGCAUUCACCCUCGUUGAGGACUGAGCUCCACUUAAGAAGAUGAACAGUGACUCACCCGAAGUAAUGCAUAAUCAAUCAUUGACCUUUUUGUCCUUGUGAUGUUUGAAUAAUGUCAUUCAAAAAUAAUUGAGGCUAAAACUUGUAUUCUUUACAGAAAUUAGAAUAUACUUCUAAGGUAUUCCAAUAAAAUACAACAAAUAGUGCAA